GCUCGCGUAUAAGCGACACCGACAUGUCGCGCUGCUGCACUUGUAAUGCGACGUCGUCGUCGUCGUUGCUCCGUGCUCGCUGCGAUAGCAAAAAAUAAGUGCCAAGGAAUGAUACCCAGAAUAAUUUACUAAAGUAGUCCUGAUGAUAUAAGUCCAAACAAUGAAUGUCUGCACUGUUUAUACUUCUUGACAAAACACAAAUAAAACCAAAAAAAAUUUAAAUCAAUCAUGAUGGUCAGAAAGCCAAUCAUUUAUCAGAGCCUCGUGCUGCUGAUAAUUUUUGCCAUCAAUAUAUUAGAAGCUGUAGAAAUAUUUGAUCAAGGAAGAAUCGAGUAUAUGAGUAGAGAAGAAAGAGAAUUAUUAAAAAAUGAAUCCAGAGAAAUGUUUUAUCAUGCCUAUAAUGCUUAUAUGAGCAAUGCUUAUCCUGCUGAUGAACUUAUGCCAUUAAGUUGUAAAGGAAGAUAUAGAGGUUCAGAGCCAGAUCGAGGAGACAUAGACUCAGUUCUUGGAAACUUUUCUCUAACACUGGUUGAUACACUUGACACUUUAGUAGUAAUGGGUGAUUUAAAGGAAUUUGAAUUAGCUGUCAAACUUGUUAUAAAAGAUGUUACGUUUGAUACUGAUGUGAUUGUUUCUUUAUUUGAAACAAAUAUUCGAAUGCUAGGUGGUUUACUAAGUGGUCAUAUUUUAGCAGAUUAUAUGAAGCAAAGAGAAAUAGCAAUGCCUUGGUAUAAUGGUGAGCUGCUAGUGCUAGCCAAAGAUUUAGGAUACAGAUUUUUACCUGCAUUUAAUACAACGACUGGAAUACCAUUUGGAAGGAUAAACUUAAGGUCUGGUAUGAAAGGAGUUCCUUCAGAUAUGAUGCGAGAAACUUGCACUGCAUGUGCAGGUAGUAUGAUUUUAGAAAUGGCUGCCCUAUCAAGACUUACAAAAGAGCCAAUAUUUGAGGAAAAAGCGCAAAAAGCUAUGGAUGUAUUAUGGAAAUUAAGGCAUCGAGGUACCGACUUAAUGGGUUCGGUUUUAAAUGUCAAUUCCGGAGAUUGGGUGCGUAGAGAUUCCGGUGUUGGUGCUGGAAUUGAUUCCUAUUACGAAUACUGCUUAAAAGCCUACAUCUUACUAGGUGAUGAAAAGUAUUUAGGUCGUUUUAAUAAGCAUUAUGAGGCUAUCAUGAAGUAUAUAAGUCAAGGACCAAUGCUAUUAGAUGUACAUAUGCACAGGCCAAACACAAAUUCGAAAAAUUUUAUGGAUGCACUAUUGGCUUUUUGGCCAGGUGUUCAGGUAUUAAAAGGUGAUAUAAAGCCAGCUGUCGAAACCCACGAAAUGCUUUAUCAAGUUAUGCAAAGGCAUAAUUUUAUUCCAGAGGCAUUUACAACUGAUUUUCAAGUACACUGGGGACAUCAUCCGUUGAGACCAGAGUUCCUUGAAUCUACCUAUUUCCUGUGGAAAGCAACCGGUGAUCAUUAUUAUCUCGGAGUGGGACGUAAAGUGUUGAAGAGUUUACAGACUUAUGCGAGAGUACAGUGUGGUUUUGCUGCCGUUUCCGAUGUCAGAACAAACAAGCACGAUGACACUAUGGACAGUUUCGUACUCUCGGAAACGUUCAAGUACCUGUAUCUGCUUUUCGCCGAUAGCAACGAUCUCUUAUUAGAUUUGGACGAAUAUGUUUUUACUACUGAAGGACACUUGUUGCCGCUAUCUUUAGCCUCCGUGAGGACUAAUACGACAACGGAAGUGGAAAAGGAACGUGUGCCAGUAGAGGAAAUGGACCGAACUUGUCCAAACAGCGUACACCUGUUUCCAGCAUCGGUUCGUCAACCUUUACGAAAUAUGGUCGAAGACGUAUGUCCCAAACGAGCAGCCAAGAAACGCCUCAGUGCCGUGCAAUUUCAACCGAGCAAUCUUGAGCAUUCCAAGAUGCUCAGCGACAUGGGUAUCACAAUUUUGACGCUAGGCGAUGGUAGCGUACAGCUCUUGCACACGUUUUCAAAUGCAAAGACGCCUCAAGAUGCAGAAGAGGGACUUUUGUUCAUGCAAGAGAUGGUAGAAUUAAGUAAGACUCAGGCCCAGCAGUUGGAAACAGUGCCUAUGCUGGUUACAUACGUCAAGCCAGGCACACAGCAGAAGGUCAGUUUGAUGGCUGGACCUGCUCACUUUGGUCCUGAUCUUAAGAAUCAAGUACUGAGCGCUAAAGUUGUGCUGGCUAAUCCUUCGCUCGGCUGCGAGGACAUAGGCAACGCCGAGGACGUGAGAGGAGCUAUUGUCGUCGUUGAUCGUGGCAAUUGCAUGUUCAUCGAUAAAGCUCGAAAAAUUCAAAAAGCUGGAGGUAUCGCCGGUAUCGUUCUCGAUAACGUGCUCGGCUCGAGUAUCAGAAAUUCGCCAUUGUUCGCCAUGUCGGGUGAUGGCAAACCCGUAGAAGACGUCACGAUUCCUUUCGUAUUUCUCUAUAGCGUUGAAGCUAGUCAAUUACUCGAAGCCAUCGUCUCUUCGCACGGAUCCUUGACAAUUACAAUAGGUGGUACAGCCAGCAAAGAAGAAGCACAAUUGAAAGCACCGACCGAUCAGUCGAUGUUUGAAAAAAUUAAAGGAAAACUGCGCGAGAUACUCACUAGACAAUUGACCUCUCAGAAUCUUGGUCAUUCAACUGGUGGCAUGUUAACUGACGUUAAUCCCGAGACGGAAUCGCAACAGCAGACGCUGAUUGUCCAGCACUUGAGAGCAUACGUCUUGGAGGAUCGAGUUCGCAUCAACAUCAAUUCGAACAUCUUUAAAACGAACUUCGAGAGUAGUGGCAGUAAUCCUUACGCCAAUGAGACCAACUGGAUGUUGAUGAAACGUAUGAUAGUCAAUGAGCUGUUCGGUAUGAUAAGACUCAACGUCGGCUUCUUCAUGAAAAAUGCUACACUAGAGCGAAUUUACAGUAGCGUCAUGAACUCGAGAGGCGUGGAUGAAACCGACAUCGCCAAUGCCACGAUGCUCGAUAAAAUCAACUGGUUGCUCAAAGAAUUGAGCGAGAUCAAGCCAACGACGUCGAUGGUCGCUCUGUACCUCGGCCUGUAUCCAGAGGUCGACAAGCAGUAUUUCUUGUCCUACUUGAUGUGGGUCACAGCUAUUACCGCGGGUAAAUUCCCCGAUUUGAAACUUAUAACACAGUCGGAGGCUUACAGUGAGACAUUCAUUAUUCAACGUGUCAUCAAUGCCGUGGCUCACAAUAUCAGUUCCAGCGAGUUCGAUGUGUUCCUUCAGCUCCACAUGCCAUUGGUUGUGCGUUUUGUCAUAAUAAGCCUCAACGCGACAGCCAAAAGCGGCGGUGGAGAUUUGGAAAUGCUCUCCGUUAGCGAACUUAUUGGAGCCGAUGUGGAAAGGGCGGCUUUCAUUGAUCCCAUGAAAAUUUUUUCCUUCAACAAACAAGACACUAAAGUUUCCGACGACAAAAAAACCGUAGAAAUGUCUAGCACUAAAAAGGAAGGCGUCAUUACGAUGGAAGUCGAGGGUGAUACGAUAAAAAAAUCUAACGUUAAAAAUGAUAGUACGAGAGACGACGGCGAUGCGCUUAGACGGACUAAAGGUGAUGGUGACGACGACUUUGACAAAUCAGUGCCUAAUACUCCGGUUAAUGGUAAAAGCAAAGAGAAAAAGUUAGAACAAGACAAAUCACACGAUCGAGACGAAUUAUAGCGCAGAAACGAUGACGAUUCUUUCGGUCGUUAGAAUGUCUACUUAUAAAAAAUACGUAUCAAUUUUGAGAAAGAAAGAUUCCACUCGUACAAGUUUCACGAAGAUUAUCGAAGAAGAGUAUCGAAAUUGCAGACACGUUUCUAAUUUUCUACAUGUUUCGUACUUGGCUAUCCGAACCUUUGAGAAUAUUUUCAAAUACUUGUGAUAGUUCAAAAAAAGUAUCACUAUUAGCUUGUAAAUACUUGUAAUAAUUAUUGUUUUAUAAAAUUUUUGUAUAGUUAUUUUUAUAAAUUUCACAAAAUUUAAAUUAUAUUAUUUAUUUAUUUCAAAGCUGUUAUUUUUAAUAAUGCUAAUAUAAAAUGGUUCGUAAUGUAAUGGUAUGUUUAAUUAUGCAUACCAACAAAAAAAAUACUUCUAAUGUACAUAAACUUAAUGUGAAUGGCAAACAUUACCUUUUGCAUUAGCCAAAAAUCUGUUAUAUAAUGAAAAAUAUCUAAUAAUACACUUAUAAUUGCUUCUCUGUAAAACGACUAACUGUACAUACCAUAUGAAUGUCUGAGUCAGAUAUGAAAACUGUUAAAUACUGUUUAAUAUACGUAGUAUAAAAAGACAUUUUUGGUAUAGUAACAAAAAAAAGCUGUGAAAUAAAGUCUGUUAUGUAUAGUUGACAAUUCUAAAACUACAA